CCCCCCAAAUCAGGCCCCGCCCCCUCCGUCACGCGCCGCGCGGGUUCCGGGUGCGGGCGGCGCGCGCAGCAGCCCCCCCCGCGCCCCCAGCCUGGCCAUGAGCAGCAACGCCACAGCUCCCAGUGCUCCCAGUACGGGGGACUCACUGGUGGGCUCCGUGCUGGGCCCCUUCGUCUUCCUCACCCUCCUGGGCGCCGUGGUGGCCGCGGUGAUGUACGUGCAGAAGAAGCGGAGGUCGGAGCGGCUGCGGCACCGCCUGCUGCCCAUGUACAGCUACGACCCCGCCGAGGAGCUUCAUGAGGCUGAGCAGGAGCUGCUGGUGGAGGCUGACGACACCCGGGUGGUGCCCGGCUGGGGGGGCCGCGGGCACUGGAAGGCCUGAUGCUGCCACCUCCCCCCCCCACCCGGGGUCGGAGGCACCGGAGGACAGCAGCGGGGGCACAGCGGGGGCGAUGCCACCGGGACGCCUCCCACCUUCACGCACCUUUUUUUUGGGAUGGUUUUCGUUGAAAAUGUGUCCCCCCCCCAAAAAAAAAAGCCCCCUAAAUGCACUGAGAAUGGGAUAUGGGGGCACAGCCAGGGGGGCAGGACACCCCCAGGGGCAAAUAAACGGGUUUCUUUGCAAUAAACGUGCUGGUGCUGCUUUCCCGGGGCAAAUCCCACUCAUUUUUACCCCCCCCCCCCAAAGAUACCGACCCCAUUGCAGCCCCCCCCGCCCCCCCAGGGGCUGACCCGGAGCACCGAACGUCCAUAAAAUGUUUUUAUUCAAGUAACUGCAAAUAGGAACCCAAAAGGUCGUCAACGGCGGACCGAAAAAUAAAAAUUAAAAAUAAUAACACCCCCCCCACCACCAGUUCUCUCCCUGCCGGGAGCGCCCCAAAACCCACCACCGACCCCAAUCCCGCUGUGGGGUCACGGCAGGGGGGAGGGGACCCCAAAUCCCUGCCCCGGCACCCUGCGGGCUCUGUCCCUGGGAGCAGCAGAGCGACCUGAACCUCAACAUGAACAGUAGAAAAACUAAAAAAAAAAAUUAAAACAACAAAAAAAAA